GCAUCUCUGUCAAAGCAGGCAAUCUCAUUGCUGCAGCCAUGCUUAUGAACACAUUAUGGGGUGUUGUGGGCUCACUAAUGGGCCUGCUUUACACUGGGCUACAAGUCAUGGUGCCAUGUCUUCCUCCAGCUCCUCUCUCCAAUGAUGUUAUUACAACUGAUGUGUAUAUGGGCACUUGGCAUUUUGUGGCAGCAGCUGCAUGGGAUGAAGAUGAUCUUAAGUCCUUCAAGACCACCGACAGCUCUAUUCUUCACAUUCAGAAAGGCGCUAAUGGCACCCUGACAGCGACCGAAGGCUAUCGCGUUGGAGAUCAGUGUCAGAAGAAUUCUUGGAGCUACUAUAUUUCAUCUGUGACAGAACCUUUCCUGUUUAGAACCGAUUUCGAUGCCUUUGUGCUGAUCUGGGAUGGCAAGUUUAUAAACUGCCCUUCAUGCAUCAUAAUAUUACUUGUGGAUGAAGACGAGGAAGCCAGUGCUCUGCUGUUUGCUCGUAAUGAAAUAACACCAGAUGAAGUGAUACAGGAAUUUAAGUCAAAAAUGGAGUGUGUUUUAAUGGACGAAGUCUUAAAGGCACCUCUGAAAAAAGGUUAUUGCAAACUUGAUGAGGCUGCUUAAGACACAGGUGGUCACGGGCAGAUGCAGAGAUCUACACACUGCAGAUCUACAAUAAAUUACUGAACUGAUAGAAAUAAGGAUUCACUGUUUUGGGUUUAGUGACUGACUGAUUAAAUAAAAUCAAUUCUUCAAUAAAA